AUGGAGACCGUCGGUGCAGCUGAAGCUGGUGAUGUCGUCGCCGAUGCCGUGAACGAAUUCUUUUCCCUCCUCUUCAAGGGCUUCGCAGUCGGCGCGAAGCGCCUCAAGGACAACAUGUACGCCUCCGUCGCUGACAUGACCUCUCAGCGCUGGAUUCGCCUUGCCGCGGUUGUCAUAGGCUACAUCAUGAUCCGUCCUUACAUCGACCUGGGUUUCCGCAAGUGGUUUGAUUACGACCAGCGCAGGAAGCGAGCCAAGGAGGAAGCACAGAGGGCAGCGUUCGGGGUGUCCGGGGAUAAGAAAGCCAAAGUUUCGGCCAAUUCCCUCCGUGGAACAGGCAAGGUGCUAGGAGAGGUUGAGAAUACGGACGAUGAGCUUGAGGAAGAUGAGGCCAAGGCUUCUGGCGUUCCCGAGUGGAGUGGUAUUGCCAGAAAGAGACGAAAGAAGUACCUGAAAUCGUUGGAGAAACAGACUGAGAAACACGCGGAAGAAUUGUCUGAGGAGCAACUGCUUGAGUUGUUAGACUGGAGUGAGUCCGAAGAUGAGAAGGCCGGUUCGAAGAAGUCGGUUUCAGAGAAGAAAGAUGAGUGA